AUGAAGGAGACACUUAUAGCAAGGGACGAAGAUGGCGACGGAUGGAUGAUUAGGGGUCCGGGUUCAUUUAUAAUGGAAAUAAACCUGGUUAAUAUCCGGGGCUAUUUCCUAGAGGCUUAUAUUCACCACGGUGACCGUGCAAAAUGGGCUGGGAAAAGAUUCAAUGUUGCUCGAAACGUUCCGCCUGAUGAGUCGAGUUUCUCAGGGAGCACAGCAUAUCAUCAAAGGCCUGACGCGGUGAUGGUUGGCUGUUUUGCCUUUGGAGAGGAAAACAAACAUAAUGUCAAUAUAGGGAGGGAGGCCGGAGCAGAGUCGGUGCCAUCUGCAUACGCGUCCAGCGCAAGGCGCAUGCCACGUCUAAAACCGUUGCAUGCUCCGACUGACACUCACACAAGAACAAGACCGACGCCUGGUGGUUUGACCAAACAUGCUGCCCAUUCCGUCGUGUGA